AGAGAGAAGAGGCGAUUCUGUUUUAUUUUUUAAUUAAAAUUAUUUUCCAAUCUAAAAUUUUUUCCUCCCGUUCUUCCCUCACCUUUUCACACCACCCCUGGAAGAACAAGAAAAGGAGACGAACGAAAGAAAUUCAAACAGGACCAUCAACGAGAACGAAGGCAGCAGAGUAUAAGGAAGAAGAAGGUCACAGAAGGAGCUGUGAAGGAAGGAAGAAACGACGAUAGGCUUUGGCCACUUUGCUCUGCUUUCGUUUUCUGAUCUCGAGAGAGGGAGAGAGAGGGGGUCUCUUCUUUUUUGGAACUGUGAUUCAGCAAAUGUAGGAGCUUCCACAGUGGAGAAGGGAAGAAGGAAAAACGGAAGGUUCCAGAAGUUUUGGCUCCUGACCGCAGCAGUGGUGGUGUGCCUUCUCGCGAUUCGGAGGAGGGAAGGCAGAUAAAUGUCUUCGUCUGCGUUCAGUCCGUCGCGGGGUAGUCCGGUCGCCUCCAGGUUACAGAGGGAGCAGCACUUUGUUCUAAUCGGGAGCUCCAGGCUGAGAUCCUCUUCCCUGAGGAAGCCGCCGGAGCCUCUGCGGAGAGCCAUCGCUGACUGUCUGUCGUCUUCCGCCUCCGCAUCGGGUUCUGCUGGCGGGGGCGCUGUCGCCGGCUUGCACCAUGGCAGCCCCUCCGUGGUGUUGUUCGACGCUUCCAGGACUCUCCGUGAUUACUUGGCAUCCCCUGCAACCACUGACCUGGCAUAUUGUGUAAUUUUGGAACACACGAUUGCUGAGAGAGAGCGCAGCCCUGCAGUAGUCGCGAGGUGUGUGGGACUUCUGAAGCGGUACCUUAUAAGAUAUAAACCGAGCGAGGAGACGUUACUUCAGAUUGACCGAUUUUGUGUGAAUACAAUCUCUGAGUGUGAUAACAGUGCAAGUCGAAGAUCAGCAACGUUAUCACAGUCGACAGCUCAGCAAUCUGUUGCUUCUGCACAUAAUUUGCCUUCUCUUCCUGUUUCUAGUUUUGCUUCCGGAGCACUUGUAAAGUCGUUAAAUUACAUACGUUCUCUAGUGGCUCAACAUGUUCCAAAGAGGUCAUUUCAACCGGCAGCAUUUGCUGGGUCCCCAUCUGCAUCAAGACAGGCACUUCCUGCAUUAUCUUCAUUUUUGCGUAAAUCCUUUAACUCCCAAUUAAGCCCUGCAAAUAAUGUUGAAUCUUCAGACAUCAGAGAUGCGGCUACUUUGCCUGUUUCACACUUUUCAAAGAUGGAAAAAGUUGAUGUAAUGGAGGACAUUGAUCACAUUGCAUAUGAUGCUUUAAACUGGCGUUGGGCUGGAGAUCAUCGGUUUUCAGUAUUGUCCACUGAAAGUGAUCGUGCUUCUGUUCUUGAGGAUAUGCGCACACAUACUUUGCUAGAGUUGGGUGCUGCAGCACUGCUAGUUGGAGACAUGGAAGCUAAGAUGAAGGAUCAACCCUGGAAAUAUUUUGGCACUGCUGAUAUGCCCUAUCUUGACCAGCUGUUGCAGCCUUCUUCAGUCUCUACAAUUACAAUUUCAGCUUCUGCUCGUUCCCACUUACGAGCAAUAACAGCAUCUAAGCGCUGUAAAGCAGAACCACAUCAGAUAUGGGAAGAUUCUCCUUUAAGCACUUUCCGCCCAAGAGCUCGGCCACUUUUCCAGUACCGGCAUUACAGUGAACAGCAACCCUUACGAUUAAAUCCAGCGGAGGUAUGUGAGGUUAUUGCUGCCGUUGGGUCUGAGGCUUAUACUCCAAUGGCUACUCCUGCACUAUCGUCUAGAUUAAGUAAUAACACUGGAAAGCCAUCGAUGGAUGUGGCUGUGAGCGUACUUAUUAAGCUUAUCAUUGAUAUGUAUGUAUUGGAUCCUGGGACUGCUGCUCCACUGAUGUUGUCUAUGCUUGAGGAGAUGCUUUUAUCUCCAAAAGCAGCAUGCCGAGUUCGUGCAUUUGAUUUAAUUUUGAACCUCGGUGUUCAUGCUCAUUUAUUGGAACCAAUGAUGGUUGGUGAUACUACAACAAUUGAAGAAGAGUAUGCACAAGAAUCCUUUCCCGAGACUGAAGACAAACUUCCAACACCAGAUAAUAGGAAAACAAAUUCUGUUGACAAGAUGGACGCUUCAUCAGCUAUUGAUAAGUUUGAAUCUUGGAUCUUAAACAUCUUGUAUGAAACACUUUUGCUUCUUGUCCAGGUACAAUUGCAGUUAUUGCCAUGACAGAGGAGCACGAAGAGUCUGUCUGGGCUUCGGCACUAAGCUGUUUGCUGUAUUUCGUCUGUGAUAGAGGGAAAAUUUUGAGAGAUCGGCUAGAAGGCCUGGAUAUAAGGGUCAUUAAAGCAUUCAUAAUGACAAGCAGGACAAAUUCAUGGGCUGAAAUAGUGCAUAGCAAGCUUAUUAGCAUGUUAACAAACAUAUUCUAUCAAAUUCCAGAUGAGUCUGUUGAGGCUGUUCUGAGCUCUCCUGUGUUUCUCAUAGACCAGAUUGAUUUAAUUGGAGGGAUUGAGUUCAUUUUCAUUGAGUAUUCUCUCGCUAAUUUGAGGGAGGAUAGGAGAAACCUCUAUUUGGUUCUUUUUGAUUAUGUUUUGCACCAAAUCAAUCAAGCAUGUGCAACUGCUGGAGUUUCCGAAUAUAGCAAUGAUGAGAUCCAACCUCUUGCAACCUUGUUUUCUCUUGUCGAUGCACCUGAAGCUUUUUAUAUUUCCGUUAAACUUGGAGUAGAAGGGAUUGCGGAGCUUUUGAGAAGAUCAAUUUCUGCUGCACUCGCUAGAUAUUCAAACAAUGAAAGGUUAAAUAUGCUCUUGAAGAAUAUAACAGAGACAUUUGAUAUGGUAAUCAAUUCUUUUACUCGUGUUGACAAGGAUUUCUUCCAUCUCAUACAAGUAACCAAGCGCGACAAGUUUCUAGAGGGAAUUCAAAGUGAGAGCCCACGAAAUGGCAUUGUCAUGAAAGCUAAGCUCUCAUGGGCCACUCUGCACUCGCUUCUUCAUUCUGAUAGAAUCGCAUGUCGUCAGAAUGGCUACAUCUGGUUAGGUGACUUGCUUAUUUCAGAGAUUAGCGAGGGAAAAGAGGCUAGACUAUUGUCAAAUAUUAUUGCAUUGCAGCAUAAAAUCAUGCAUGCUGGUGUCUGUGAUGAUAUGGCAACUGCUGCAGAUGUCCCUCUGUCCAUUUGGCUGAUGUGUGGACUUCUUAAGUCCAAGCAUAACGUUAUUAGAUGGGGCUUUCUAUUUGUUAUUGAUCGAUUUCUCAUGCGCUGCAAAUUUUUGUUGGAUGAGAAUGAAAUGCAACAUUCUGGUGUUAGUAACGUUACCGGCGGAGAUGCAGAUAGCCGGCUUGAGAAAGCAAAUGCAGUUGUUGAUAUCAUGAGCAGUGCCUUAUCCUUGGUGGCCCAGAUUAAUGAAACAGAUCGCUUCAAUAUUUUGAAGAUGUGUGAUAUAUUGUUUUCGCAAUUAUGCCUCAAAGUUCACCCUCUUUCUGCCAUGCCUUAUGGAGAACAUGUACGCCGUGACAUAGUUCAUGUUGGCAUGGAGAAAGGUGAAAAAGUCGAUUCAAAUGACCACAUCUCUCAACCAGAGAAUCACUCGACAGAUAUUUCAGAGGAAAGGAAUAGCAAAUUUAGUUACAGUACUAGCAGUUCUCUGGUGCGUGAGACGGCUUCGAUGGCUGCAAUGCUUCUCCAAGGGCGGGCUAUUGUUCCCAUGCAAUUAGUUGCCCGGGUCCCUGCUGCUUUAUUUUAUUGGCCAUUGAUUCAACUAGCUGGUGCGGCAACAGAUGAUAUAGCACUGGGUGUUGCAGUUGGAAGCAAAGGAAGAGGAAACCUUCCAGGCGCUGCAUCUGACAUAAGGGCUACUCUUUUAUUACUUUUAAUUGGUAAAUGCACAGUUGAUCCUUCUGCUUUUGAAGAAGUUGGCGGGGAAGAAUUUUUUAGGGAACUUUUGGAUGAUACGGAUUCAAGGGUUGCAUAUUACUCUUCUGCAUUUCUCCUGAAGAGAAUGAUGACAGAAAAACCAGAUGAGUACCAGCACAUGCUUCAGAAUCUCAUAUUUAAAGCUCAGCAGAGCAACAACGAGAAGCUGUUGGAAAAUCCCUACUUGCAGAUGCGUGGCAUACUUCAGCUGUCAAAUUAUGGGCUAAUCUAAAAGUGUUCUUUCUGGACCUUCUGUACAUUUUAUUCUCGGAGAGAGCAGUUCUGCAGUAGUAGUUGGAUGCUCUCAGAUGUUGAUGAUACAUCCGACAAGCUUGACCCAUUGAGAUCUGUUCGAAGUUUCCGAGGAGAAAAGUGGAUUAAGCUCAGACUUCUUCGACAAGACUGUCAGAUCUCGUGUUCUCGUAGUCAUUCAAAGAUACCAAGAAUAGGGUCCCUGAUACUUUGUUCUCGUUCCCCUGCUCAAACUUGAAAAUAUGGGCAUUGAUGCAACACAAGUAGGUCAUUGCAGUGGAUUAUUGUGCAGCAGCAGCGGCAGCAUAGCUUGUCCACCAAAGAUGAACUCCUCCCCUUUCGAUUGCUCCAUGACUUGGAGAUAGUGGGUGUAGAUGAUAAGCCUACGGUCCAAGACUCCAUGGCUGUACACUAGAUACCCCUACUAUCAUACGAAAGCCUUCAAUACGGAGAACAGGUUGCAAGAUAUCCUGGUGCCCUCCGGUCACUCCACAUUUUUCCAUUUGAUGUUGCGACUCAGGACAUUCCAAAAUCAUUUCCAGUUUCCGGUGUGCAAUAUAUAUAGACAGAGGCCAACUUUCUGGGCCAAACUGAUCUGUACAGAAAUCCUAUUCCUGCUGGCUUUUCAUAUUUCCAGAAAAGUCAGAUGGGGGAGGGGCAACCGUACUAGUUCUGGCUUUAUUUUUAAAACAGCCAUCCAUUACCCAUAUGAUAAUAAGAACCUACACCUCUAAUCCCUUUUUUGAUCCCGGAGAGGUUUUUUUCCAGCCGAGGGUACCAAAUUCAACAAUGGCUGUAACCUGUAACAUCAUCUUCCUUAGUGUGCCUACCUGGUAUGUUCUUUUUGUCCCCCUUUAUUGAUGUUUGGUCCUAGUGUAUUAUUUGUUUUUGGACACUGUAAAUAUUCUAGUGUCUUAUUACCUAAUUUUGGCACAGCUUUGCCUCUUUCUAGUCCGGCUUUUGUUGUAUGAUAGCUUGUUGAGAAAUUUUUUUGUUCUUGUUGUAUUGUAAUGAAAUUUUCUGGAUGCAACGAGAGCUGGUUUUGAAUGUCGAGAUUAUUUU